GAUGCACGGUGUCCGAAACCAACAACACCCGCGCCUCCAAAUUGUUACCCAGGAAGCACAGACCCGCGUUGUCCUAAACCAACAACACCUGCUCCACCAAAAUGUUACCCAGGAAGCACAGACCCGCGUUGUCCUAAACCAACAACACCUGCUCCACCAAACUGUUACCCAGAAAGCACAGACCCGCGUUGUCCUAAACCAACAACACCCGCGCCUCCAAACUGUUACCCAGGUAGCUCAGACCCGCGUUGUCCUAAACCAACAACACCUGCUCCACCAAAAUGUUACCCAGGUAGCUCAGACCAGCGUUGUCCUAAAUCUACAACACCUGCGCCUCCAAACUGUUACCCAGGAAGCAGAGACCCGCGUUGUCCUAAACCAACGACACCCGCGCCUCCAAAAUGUUACCCAGGAAGCACAGACCCGCGUUGUCCUAAACCAACGACACCCGCGCCUCCAAACUGUUACCCAGGUAGCUCAGACCCUCGUUGUUCCAAACCUACAACUCCUACAAGACCUAACUGUUACCCAGGAAGCACAGACCCGCGUUGUCCAAAACCUACAACACCCGCGCCUCCUAACUGUUACCCAGGAAGCACAGACCCGCGUUGUCCUAAACCAACGACACCCGC